GUCGUAGGCACGGAUUGAUGGUUCGACUGGAUGAUCUUAGUCAUCUUUCUAACCUUAAUGAUUCCAUGAUUCUAUGAAAUGAGCUGCAACAUUUGGGAUGCAGGCAAACAAAAAAGGGGGGUAUUUAUCACCAUCAAAUCCUCACUUGAAGAUGAGCCCCAAUCCAUCCAGUCCAUAUAUUUCCUUUGUGCUGGGAAAUAGAGCGGUGUUGGGGCUGUCCCACAGUGAUGGAUGCACACCAGGCUCUGAAUGAGGGAUGGAACAAACCCAUGUGUUACACAGAGCUGAGGACGAACCCAUGGCACCUCUCUCUCCCCAACCCACUAUAGUUAUUUUCUCUCAUGUUCCAGCCCUGAAUUGGGGCUGUUCUUUGUUCAGCCCCUCUAAACAGUCGGGUUUGGGUGUGGGAGAUACCGGCCCAACCCAGCCACCCUCUCUGUCAGGGCUAUCAGCAAACACCAGCCCCUGGAAUUUUAAUUGAAAGAGUCGGACGCCCAGAUAAGGCCCAGCAUCACCCCACUGCCACACGGGGAAGGGUUUGGCCCAUUGGCCAAUAUGGGGCUGCUCAUGUUGUACCCAUUGCAAGGCUGCCAGCCCAGUCCCAUUGGGGCAGCACUGGAAUGGACUGGGAGGCACUGGGGCUGUGUAUGGGAAUUUGGCUGUGGUUGAGGCUCACACAGCAUCCCCCUCCCUUCACCGCCAGCAGGAUCGAGGUGGUCUGCACUCCCACCGCCUUAUCAGCCCUUAUCUCCCAGAGCCACUCGCUAAUGUGACCUUAAUGGAGCUCAAAUCGCCUCGAUUUGUUUUAUUGCAGCUCUGCCUCCUCCUCACUUCCCCUUGUUUUGGAAAUACAGAGGGGAAGGGGGCUGGCUCCUACCCUUCCCAUCCAGCUGAGUGGGGGGAUGUAAGAAGGGACUAUAGGGGGGCCCAGCUUGGGGUAGAUCAUCCUGACCCCCCUCCCAAAGGUUCGACCCGCCCUCCUUUAACCCCCCCCCCUACAUCGGGACCCCCAGGUAGAGCCGCAGCAACAGGGCAGGGAGCUCACACCGAUCCCCCCCGGAGGAUGCUGCCCACCCCUUUCUCCGUCGAAGAUAUCCUCAGCCUGGAGCAAAGCAGCGCUCCCGGAGCCCCCAGGGUCCGCUGCAGCCCCUCCGGGGAGGAAGAACCGCCGUCGGGACAAUGUCUGCUCUCCCAGCCCUUGCAAUCAGACCAGCAGCAAAGUGAUCCCUGCCACCACCCCAAACAACCGCAGAGGCGCAAACCUCGUGUUUUGUUCUCCCAAACUCAGGUGUUGGAAUUGGAACGGCGAUUCAAGCAGCAGAAAUACCUCUCUGCUCUGGAAAGGGAACACUUGGCCAACGUCCUCCAGCUCACCUCCACCCAAGUGAAAAUUUGGUUCCAGAAUAGAAGGUACAAAUGCAAAAGGCAGCGGCAGGAUAGAUCCCUGGAGAUGGCCACCUACCCACUGCCACCACGUAGAGUGGCUGUUCCCGUGCUGGUUAGAGAUGGCAAGCCUUGUUUUGGGGGUUCCCAACCCCACCUGGUUCCUUAUGGGCUCACUGUCAGCCCCUACCCCUAUAGCACCUACUAUGGUGCCUAUGGGAUAAACUAUGGGGUGGGAUAUACUGGGGUGCUCACACCAUGAGCUUGGGCUCAGCACCAUUUGGGAUGUGGCCCAGGAAAGGGAUGGGGGCAUCCAAAGCCGUAAUGGACAGCAGGAUGUGGCACAUCCAUCCUCACCAUCCAGCCCAAGGAAAGGAACUUUUGGUGCUGAGGAUUUGGGGACCCCAGUGCCAGGGACGUUUAUUUAUUAGGACAUAAUCAUGGAGCCCAUCCCACCCCAUAGGGAUGCCCCUGUGGGAUGCAUAAGGAUCAGAUGCUGCUUUUCUUGCUAAGGGAACAGGGUCUAUGCACACCACUGCGCCUUUGCUUUUCCAUGAGCACUCUAUUUAAGGCUUUGAGUUCUUCUCGUCUUUUGGGAUAUUCGUAUUUCUUAAUGACUUACAGGCACAGCCCAAAUUAGAAACUGCCCACCUCAAAAUGAGGCAGAUCUCUUCCCACAAAACCCAAAUCAGUCAAAAUGUAAUGCAAUAAAUGGCCAUGAGGGGGUCCCCGGAGCUGAAAAACCCCAAACCAAUGCUUUUGGACCAAUGUUAUGGGUUAUUCUGCAGUCAGCAUUGAAAGGAAAAGAGGACUGAGCCAUGCAUUGAGGACAGACCUAUGGACAGAUGAGUUGAGCACACGGGCAGCUCCAACAUCACAGAGAUUUAUGGUCCAGCUGCAGGAAAAUGCAAUGAGCAUCACUGGAAUAAAAGGACUUGCUGGAAAGUGGGAUAUUGCCCAAAUUCUGGGUGGUUCCCAGGUUUCAUUCAUGUGUUUUCAAAUGGAAAGAUGCAUGUUCUGCAAUAUCACACCAUCAUGGCAUAGAACAACCCAUGUUGGAAGGGACCCCAAAGCUCAUUGAGUCCAACUCCCUACUUCACCCAGGGCUGCCCUACAUCAGAAUGCAAUAUAAUAACACAUAACCUCAUGACACAAUAUUCUGCAAACCUAUUGAGUUUUUGUUCUUGAGCUUUUUGCUCUGUUGUUUGCUUGUUUGGUUGUUUGUUUUAAUUACUCUGAGCAUUACCAUCAU